AUGAGAAUAAGAACGCCUGGUGGAUUCGGAAGAAGGCCGUAUGUACCGCCAAAGCCUGCAGUGAUAAAUGCGAUGAAAGGUAGACUAGAUAGAUUCCCGCCUUUGCCACCUGAAAAAAUUCCUCCUGGGGUGGCCCUCCAGGGUGAAGUAAUUAUAUUUGGAGAACCUCCUCCUGAGGAGGGUGAGGAAAUACCAGGUGAACCACAUGAACUUCUCCUAUGUGACACCAGCUCUCAACCAGCAGAACGAAAAUGUUUUAUGAAAAACUUUUGGGUUCCGAAACAUUUCUUCCGCUUCCCAUUGGUACUGUCCAUAAAAGAAAGAGCCGUUGCACGUCAACAUAAGCACUUCUGCAGGCUAAGGAGUCUGUCAAUGUUGCUUGAGUUUGCGGCACUUGUUGUUCUUACCUAUUCCACAUUUGGGCAAGGAUCUCCAUCGGCUGUACCGCCACCGCCGCCGCCGCCAACGAUGCUAGAUGGACCAUUCGGACCCGGAAUGGGGCCAGCAAUGUUUCCGGGAGGAAGGUAUGAAGAAGUGGAGCGACGCACACGUUGGCAUAUAAUGCCACAUGGACCGCCAAUGCCACCAGGAGGAUUACUUGGACCGCCGCUGCCACUACCGGGAUUGCCUAGACCUCCAUGGUACUGGUGAUGACAUGACACUCGCAAAGCGGUGUAAUUUGAGGCUAUACAUUCAUAAAUCU